AUAGAAUUUUCUUGGCAAGUGACUUAAUAUUGAAUAUUUACUUGCACCAACAUAGCACAUGUUCAUCUUAAAAAUUAGUGAUUUUUUAGCGAAAUUAUGAACGAAAAGGCAAUAUUUAAGCUUUGUAAAGACGAGGGGUGCUGCGACGCAUGUGCCCUGCGUUACUUAGGGCUCCAUCACCCGCGGGUGUACGAAAAUGUGAAGGAAUCUGCGGAGAAGUAUCAAGAUGAGCAAGACCAAAAAGAAAACAAUAGCACAGAGAACAGUACCAACGGUGAAUCAGACAAUCCUGAAGAGCCAGAAGCCAAGCGUAGAAGAGGAGCGGUGUGCAUGAGCUGCCUCGGUCUUCUGCAGCAGAGUACUUGGGAUGACAGCUGCCGACUAGCGAAGGAGAUACUGGAUAAGAAGGGGUAUGACUGUACGACGUUCGCCUGUGCCCUGUCAGCUCCCAUCGCCACAAUCGUGAGAGAGAAAUACAUGCAACUCACUAUCAAAGACAAGUACCCGGAGUAUGAUAUGGAUCGAGUAACAUCACUAAAGGAAGCCUGGAAGUGGUCGUUCGGCACCCGCCUGGCGAGUCACAUAGGUCUGACGUUAGACUCUGGAGCCGUGUGCCCACUAUUACUGACCCUGCACUAUGAAUAUCCGGACGAUGUUCAGGAGCUAGAAGUCCUCAAGAGCAUAUCGCCGUCCUCCUUCGCGCCGCACAAGCGGCCGGCUGUCGAUGUGACACGGCGCGGCGCGGAGCAAGCGUUGGAUAAGGCGACGCUGCCGCAAUUACGGCUGCAAGCGCCGGCCGCCGCCGCGCGGGCGGUCGCCUGCGCCGCGGCUAGGGCGCCGCUUUAUAUCGGGGGACGGUACAUAAAGUUAUCCCGACACCUGCCUCAAACCCCAUGGCUGGUUCGCGGUCAACGCAUGAUGGAGUCAUCAGUGCAAGAAAUAAUCUUCCAUCCCAUAGCUGAUUUGUACAAACUGGCGCCCGAAGAAAUGGAGCAUCGACUCAAGUUCGUGUCGGCGGGCCGAGAAGAUGUCGACGUGCGUUGCCUAGGCGACGGCCGCCCCUUCGCAGUUGAGAUUUCGGACCCGCGACGCGAGUUGACUAAAGAAGAAUUAGAGAAAGCAUGCGAACAGAUCUCGACUAGCGGGUCAGUGGUCGUCAAAUAUAUGGUGCACGUGACCAAAGAUGACUUGACGGAACUAAAAAGGGGGGAGGAGAGCAAAUGCAAAGAAUACGAGGCCCUUUGCAUCAAACUCACACACGCUGAUGACGAGCAAGCGUGUCCCGACGCGCCCGUGGAGGUGACAGCGGCAGACAUCGAGAGAAUCAACGCCUACACGAACACUGGAGGAUCCGGGGAUGUCGGCACGAACGGCACGGUCGACACGGACGGUACGGACGGCGCUGUCCGUAUCCGAAUCGUGCAGAAGACGCCAUUACGCGUGUUACACCGACGCCCGUUACUCGCGCGUACACGUGCUAUACUCGCUCUGAAGGCGCAUAGCGUGCCAGAUCAUCCGUCCCUCUUCCGGCUGACGAUCCGCACGACAGCCGGCACGUACGUGAAGGAGUGGUGUCACGGCGAGCUCGGGCGCACGGCGCCGUCCCUGCGCGCCGCGCUCCGCGCCCGCGCCGACAUCCUGGCGCUCGACGUCGCCUCCGUGCUGCUUCCGUGGCCGCCGCGACGCGCCGACUAGAUUAUACACUAUAACUGUAAUAAACUCAUUUAUAGACAUCU